CUGUCCUCUGAACUUUGAGACAGCCACAAGCAUCACUCAGAGAUAUGCAACAGACUGGAAAUUAAACAAAGCACCUCUUUAGUACAACAGAAAGUAAACGUCGCUUUCCACAAACCGCCUGCCAUGGAUGAUUACCAUGUAUUCUGUGCAUCUUGCCGAAAAACGGAGGACAGACGAACAACGAUGCGUUCACCGAUAGUCUUCAUUCUGUCAUUGUCCAUGUUGAUAUCCAACGUAGCAGCGGGGGAGACUCUCUGUGGCGGAGAACUAGUGGAUACACUUCAGUUCGUGUGUGGAACAGAUGGCUUUUAUAUCAGCAGGCCGAACAGAUCAAACAGCCGCCGUCCUCAGAGAGGAAUAGUGGAGGAAUGCUGCUUUCGGAGCUGUGAGCUGCGCCUGCUGCAACAGUACUGUGCCAAGCCGGUGAAGUCGGAGCGAGAUGUUUCCUCCACCUCACUGCAGGUCUUCCCAGUGUCACAGGCUCUUCACAAGGACACCGUAAAUGUGAAGUAUUCCAAAUAUGAAGUAUGGCAACGAAAAGCUGCCCAGAGGUUACGGAGAGGAGUCCCAUCCAUUCUGCUGGCCCGAAAGUUUAGGAGGCAGGUGGAGAAAAUCCAAGAUGAGGAGCAAACCAGUUUCCACCGGCCCCUCAUGACCCUGCCCAACAGACAACCUGCCAUCGUCCCACACGUCCAGAUCAGCACAUCCCAAAAAUGAUGGCCAGCCAUCCCAAAUGGCAACAAACAAAGGAUUAUAGCCAAAUCUUGGUCAGUAGAGGCACUUUUUCAUGAAUCAUACCACUCGCCCGCCGUCUUUCCAAAACCAGAUUAUGAACACUCUGUGUGUUAUCAGCCUUCGAAAUGCAACAAGUUAUCGUUUAAUAUAAUGUGAAAGGAGAGAUGAAUGCAGUCUUGGUGCAUAUCAUGGGCAUGCCCAGAACUGAUGCCGAGGAAGGUGCCAGAACGCACAUCAAAAGUCUGUCAUCUGCAAAAGCAUUUAUGUUUCUGUCUUGCUUACACCCUGUUUUGAAUGUCAUAUUUUAAGGUAUGAAUUUAUCGAGAUUAGAGUCCUUGACCUGCACCUUUAAAGUGUCACACCUGUGGCACGAAGACAGAAGAAGAGUAAAGAAAAUGUUGGCUGGCUGUGGAAAGCCAGGGACUGAUGUUAACGGCACUAUUUUUUACUGGACUGCGAAAAAUGGUAAUUGUGGUGCUAACUUUGCAAAAAGACUCAAAAGGAGUUUGCUCAAAUUUUUCCGUUUUAGGAAAAAAAGCACAAGAUUGUAUUCAAAAGACAAUUCAGCAAGGCUUGUCGUUUGGAGAUGAUCCCAGCCGAGGAAAAAAAAAAACUUUCCAAGCUUGGUUGUUCAAGAUCCAUAUUCUGCUCUCUGGAGAAUGAAGUUGAAGCCUUUGCUAUCAAAAAAUGUGACAUUGCAAUGGAAGGCAGGAAACUGAGGACAUCUGCAAUCAAGUAGGCCCAGUCUUGGAGUUGGGACAAGAGGAGUCUUGCAUGUUUUGAGGUGUCAUACUGUGUAUUAUACAAUAACAUUCCUGUUUCCAGUCUAAGUUUCUGCCAUUUUAUCUUUGCAAAUUGUCUUCACUGUUAUGUAGACAGUAUUUUACACUUAUACACACAAAAAUGGAACAAGCCUUAUAAAGGGAAAUCAGCAAUAACCUUGCAUAUUCUCAACAUACAAUUGUAGUAUUCCAGUGCUUUUGCUCGAAACAAACAAAUGGAAAAAAAUACUUGAAUAUCUAUGAAAAGUCUCCUUAAAUGUUGUCAUUGACCCAAAUAUAACCAGUCUAUCAAAUUGAGCCACCAAACAUGUUCUUUAAGUAAUGGCACUGUAUCAUGGCAUUAUUUAUUUUGAUAUAAAAUCCAUAAAAAUCAGUCCCAAUGAGAGAUUACAUGCACAACUUGCAGUUUUAUUUUGUAUAUUUUUAGUCAUUCUGCUUAUGUAUGUAUGUAGAUGCUAUGUACCAAAAAAAGUCUCCUUUUUUAAGUAAAGUCAAUGGAAGCUUCCAA